AUGGCGGAUCUCCAAGGACGCAAAGUAUUCAAGGUCUUCAACCAGGACUUUGUAGUUGAUGAGCGCUACACCGUCACCAAGGAGCUUGGCCAGGGAGCGUAUGGAAUUGUCUGCGCCGCGGUCAACGGACAGACCAACGAGGGCGUCGCCAUCAAAAAGGUUACCAAUGUCUUCAGCAAGAAGAUCCUCGCCAAGCGCGCCCUGCGCGAGAUCAAGCUGCUGCAGCACUUCCGCGGCCAUCGCAACAUCACAUGUCUCUAUGAUAUGGACAUCCCGCGACCAGACAACUUCAACGAGACAUACCUCUACGAGGAGCUGAUGGAGUGCGACUUGGCGGCUAUUAUUCGUUCCGGCCAGCCUCUUACAGAUGCCCACUUCCAAUCCUUUAUUUACCAGAUCCUCUGCGGCCUCAAGUACAUCCACUCCGCCAACGUUCUUCACCGAGACUUGAAGCCGGGCAACCUGCUUGUGAAUGCCGAUUGCGAGUUGAAAAUCUGCGAUUUCGGCCUUGCUCGUGGCUUCUCUGUCGAUCCCGAGGAGAAUGCCGGGUAUAUGACUGAGUAUGUUGCCACGAGAUGGUACCGUGCGCCAGAGAUUAUGUUGAGCUUCCAGAGCUACACAAAAGCUAUUGAUGUAUGGUCUGUGGGCUGCAUUCUUGCUGAGCUCCUGGGAGGUAGACCGUUCUUCAAGGGUCGUGACUAUGUCGACCAGCUUAAUCAGAUUCUGCACAUCCUCGGAACACCGAAUGAGGAAACCCUCCGCCGCAUCGGAUCGCCUCGUGCCCAGGAAUACGUCCGCAACCUACCAUUCAUGCCUAAGAAGCCCUUCCCAGCUCUGUUCCCCGAUGCCAACCCCGACGCCCUUGAUCUUCUCGACAAAAUGCUUGCCUUUGAUCCUUCGCAGCGUAUCAGCGUCGAACAGGCGCUCGAGCACCCGUACCUUCACAUAUGGCACGAUGCGUCUGAUGAGCCCGACUGCCCCACGACGUUCAACUUCGACUUCGAGGUGGUUGAGGAUGUUGGUGAGAUGCGAAAGAUGAUUCUGGAUGAAGUUUUGCGUUUCCGACAGCUUGUGCGAACAGCCCCUGCUUCUGGCGGUCAAGCCGCCGCUCAGCAGAUGCAGGUCCCGAUGCCCCAGGCUGGUGGUCAAUGGACGGCAGAAGAUCCGCGACCGCAGGAAUACUUGGGCCACGCCAACGGGCUUGAGCAGGAUCUUGCAGCAGGCAUGGACAUUAGGAGAUAA